AUGCAUGUUUUUGCCACAUUUGCUCAAGCUGUCCACAUUGUGCUGCUGAAGAGGUACUUGCCAAACUGCAGAGAUGCACAAUUUAAAGGGAAGUACUACAUCUUCCGAGACCAGGAAGGUGAAUCUUCCUCCAAAGGUGAUGUGAUUUCUGAAACUCCUACUCCAAAACUACCAAAGCAAGAUAGUAUUUUUCAGUCUGGGUGGGCUGAAAACCUUAGAGAUGUGCCGGGCUUUGCAACCACACGUAGCACCGUGAGCCUUGACAAGACCACAGUGUUAAGCGGCGAGUUGAUACAGGGAAGAGGGAUCAUGCUGGGUACUACUGCUGUGGGAAGUCCUGUUGAGCUUGUCCCAGAUGAACGGGCAAGGACACCACUCCUGGAAACAAAAGCUCCUUGUGCAGUGGGGUCUGAGCUGCGAGGAGGUCUGAGAUGCUGCAAGGAAGCUCAAGGCAGAGGAACACCUGAGGGUGUAAUCCCCACUGCAGCACAGGAUACCUGGGGGCAGAGUCUCUCUGUGAGUGGGGACAUCACUGUGGGUUUUGGUUAUAUGGACAGGGUUUCAAGUGUGCUUUUGGAAACUCCUUUGCUUGGUGCCUUGCAGGUAGCAGAGCCUUUUCUGCACCCAGCAGGUGUAGGUCUGGAGAACAGCCAGUCUGUCCCACACCCUACCCUGAAGCUGAAAGAUCUGGGUGACCUACAGUUUACUAUUAAACCAACAUGCACAAGUUGCCUGGACUUGGCUGCACACUCGCAGUCUUUGUUCCCUGGCAGAAGAGAAAGCAAAGAGAGCACAGAUACCACCAUGUACCAAGGGCUCAGCACAGUCAGCUUAGAGAAUGAUGAAAGCCAUCCCCAGUUGAGCAUUCCAACUGAUGGCACAGUGAGCAGUGAUGCUGAUGGCCUUGCAAAGGACCUGAUGCCCAGCCUAAGUAGCCCAUAUGAAGUGGUAAAGAGGGACCACUCACAUCUGCUACCUGAGAGAAGCCAAAGAUGCCAAAGCAGUUUUAGGGAUUUGUCCAUGACUCAACCUGAGCUGGGAACAACUGGCCUCCAACAUACGAAGCUCAUGGAUAUUUCCCCCUUGAAAAGUUUUAGGGAAGUCAUCAGGGGGAAAACAGUGCUGCAUCCCACAGCACUGUGGGACAUCCUGCAAGAGCAUCCUCAUUUGCAUGGCCAGAGCAGUCAUGUCCUGCAGUCAGCCCCUGCAGACCCUGGAAGCCUUCCCCAGAAUGCCCAAGCACACAACUGUCCAGCUGCUGAGAAAGCUUGUGUGUCUUCCUUGGGUGUACAAAGCUGCCACCACCAAAGUGACAGAGCUUCACAGCCAGGGCUGGUUGUACCCCCUUUGCCAACAGGGCUGGAGCAUCCUCCCACAGCCAUGUCCACCCUAGGGACAGAAACAAUCCCUGCGCUGGUGGUCUCCUGCACAGAACCUGUCCCUGCAGACUUUGGCUCUACUGAUUUCAUCCCUGAAGCACCUCUUUCUCCAGAAGCAGAGCCUGUGUCCAAGCUGGUCUUCUCUCCACCAGCUGCUUUGGAUUUGGACCCUGCCAGACUUAGGCAAAGGGCAGGCAUCUUGCUGGCUAGCCCAGGAGGACAGGAGAUGAUCUCCCCUUUGCCACCUCGCCAUCCAUCAGUAGCCUCUGAACUGGGCACAAAUGGGUCCCCCAGAUGCCUUGGCCCUGGGAUGCAAAAGCUGGUGCUGGGAGAGGCGGGUGGCCAGCAAGGAAAAACCUCAGCCUCUGUGGGCUUGAUGGCCAGGGGUCCCUCCCCAGCUUCUGUCACUGUCCCAAGGCCUGGUGUGGUGUCUCCUCAGCCCGAGGACCAUGUGAGCAGUGGCUCUGGGGGGGUGGCACCAGCUUCUGGGCCUGGCACCUGGGCGGCGAGGAGAGAGGAGCAUGUGAUGCCUGUGCAGCAUCAGGGCAUGGCUGCUAGUGACAAACUGGCAUCUGCCUCCAUCCUUGGGGGAUUUAAAAUGCAGAAAACCACAGAAGCUCUCCAAAUGGGUGCAGGAGAGCAGAGAAAUGUCUCCUCGAGCACCGCUUCUGCACACCCUGGUCAUCCCACAGCCCUGUGGGGGGAAACACUGUUGAAAGGCCAAAAGCCUCAGGAACCUUCUGAUGUAUCCAGAAACACCCAGAUGCCAGGAGGACAGCAACAGAAACAUGCUGAGCUAGGACCUCCCUGGGCAAUAGAGUACUUCCCCAUCAGGAGCUGCCACCUCGUCUUUCAGGAUUGGUCUGGGAUGUUUUACCUGCCAUUUCUUGCUGACAUUAAAACCAACACCUGGUGCAACUGGACCAUCUGGGCAGGCCCCCAGAAGCAUAUUGUCAUCUACAUCCAGGGAUUCCAGGGGAGUGAUGGCUGUGGCAAGAACCAGGACAAGAUCAUCUUCCAGGGGGUCUCAUCAAGUGUGGAAACCAAAGUGGUGUACGCCUGUCACAACCAAGGCACUCUGAUCUUUGCUGCACAAGCUACUGCAGUCCAUGUGUUGUUUCUGUCAGGGAGUGGUUCCCUAAGCCAUGAAUACAGAUAUUUUAAAGGACAGUAUUAUGUAUUCAGAGACUCUGAAAUUGUGGGCUCUUCAAAUGAUACCAUAGCUUCCCGAGAGCCUGUCCAGGAGACCUCUAAGAAAGAGAGCUGGAGGACAGCGGUAACAAAAGGUUUCUUGUCCAUGCUGAGAGCCUCUCUGGGCCCAUCAGCUGCACCUGCUGGUGGCAGGAUCCAGCCUGAGCUUGUGAGCCCUGAUGAAGAGGCCCAACACCCUCCUGAUCUCAUGGAAGAUGCUCAGUCUGGUGCUAACCUGAGCAAGCUUGACCUGAGUGAGCGUGGUCAGCUGUGGGAUGAAACCAAGCUGGAAAGGAACCUUAAGGAUGGUGGCACCGAGGGCAGAGAAACUAAAGAUGAUGUGUUGGUGGAGCCAGCUCCAGCUGGGCAAGAUGCUGGGCAUAAAGCUGAGCCAUCUGCCUUGGAGAUUGCAAAGGGGGAUGUAGAGCUGGUGUCUGCUCUGGUCACUGUAGUCCCACAUCGCUCGGCGGGUGUCCCUUCCUCAGAGGAGCCCAGCAACAACGUAGGUGUCUCUGCCAAACCAUCUGGCCUGGAUCAGGCCAGUGAUAGCCUGUCAGAAGAAGUGGUUGCUGCUGCAUGUUGCACGCAGACACCAGUGCUGGAAGAGCCACUGCUAAACAUGAAUACAAAACCUUCUCUCUACCCCUCUCCUGGUGUGACUGCUGGAGAUACAGUAUCUCUGGGAGAAAGGACUGAAGAGCUCUUUGAUCUGGUUUCUGCCCUGGCAUCUCUGGAGAACAACACAGCACUGCAAUCCCAGCACCAUCCUGGAGAUGUGCUGUUUGAAGUAACUAUUGAAAUCAAACCCAAGGACUGGAUUCCUCAUGGUGGAAGUGAGCUCCAAAAGGGUCUUCUUGAAUAUAUGAAAAAUCAUAUCCAGGAGAACCUGAAGCUUUCUGCCAACAGAGUCAAUGAAAUAAAGUUAAAAGAAAUCAAAAGGAUGAGUGGUGCCAACCUGCUACUCACCUUCUGGCUGCACCUGAAGCCAGAGGAGAGAAAUGUGUCUCUGCUCCUGCGCUCCCAGCUGGAGGAGCUGCUUGGCACCUCGGUAGGAGUGGAGAAGCUGCAGCUUAUUUCGCUCUUUGUUAAAGGUGGGUGCUUCACUUUUCUCUGGAGUAAACCCUUUUAUGCCAAGCCUGACUUGACUUAUGGCACCUAUUUCCCCCCAUUACAGACGUGA